AUGGAAACCUUGAUGGGCUUCAACCCGCUCGCUUUGGUCCGCCGCCAGAAAGUGGAGAGAAGAGACUCCCUCGAAGUCCUGCGAAGGCGUCGUAUGCACAAGGACGAAACGGCCGAGCCGUUUCCUGUGGAGAAGUGCCUGGCCUUCGUCCUCACCGCCGUCUUGGUGAUCAUCCUGAUCCUCUACGUGGUCAUCGGAUCCUAAGAGACGGCCAGGACCUCCGGUCGAUCCUGACGGACGCUGGUGGCAAAAGGAAGGGCGACGCCACCAAGACCACCACGUUCAGUCCUUCCGCCGAAGCGACCCAGGUGUCCCCAGAAGAACCGCAGACCAAGAGGAAAGCAUCCGCGCCUUCGAAGGGAAUCGUCGCCGCGCUCCUCAGUCCGAUGAAUGCUAUUGCCAACCACUUCAAGAGCGGAAAGCUCGACUCCCUCGAAAUCAUGCGGUUGUCGAUCGUACGCGCAAGCAAGGUGAAGAAACCGAGCGAGCCACCGUCGCUGCGUAAGUGCGGGUCCCCGUUCCGGUCAUCGACACCGCUGCCACGUGACUGCCACGUGACCGUGCCAGCGCCGGUGGAACAUCCCAAGACGAGCACGGCCAUGAGGGCCGCGCUCAAGAAGCACAUCAUGCGACAGCGCGAAAAGAGCAAGCAGGAACGGGAGGCCGACGCUGCCACGGAGCGAGUACGAGGCGAGCGGGAACCGAAGCGUCGCCAGGACGCGAUGACGCUCGAGGAGGUCCGCGACCAGCUGCAGCAGUCGGAGAAGCAGCUGGUCACGCUCAAGGAGGAGAAGCACAGGCUUUGCGCGCAGCUCAGCAACGUGCUGCGCGGGCCCUUGUGAAGGAGAAGGCAGCGCUGAGCCAGCACCAUCAGCAGCAGCCCCAGAACGCCGCAAUGCAGCAGCAAAACAGCUUUGCGUUCAGGAGAUGAACCGGGCGCGCUCUUAUGUACAAGUGGGCGCUAUUGAAGUAUAGUUGGCGCUAUUAGUAAAUAACGCUAUUAAACGCUA